UCCUGUACCUUAUUAGUUUUUGUCCCAUGCGACUGAAGGACCUGUUCCUCCACAGAUUUCCACUUUUGUCAGAAGAAAUUUCAAUCUCAUAUAGCUUAAAAUACCAUUCGCCACUUAUUCGUUUAUGGAAUAGGAUAAAGACAGCAUGACCCCACAUCCAGCCUAUUCUCUACUCAAAAGAUUCUCGCUGAUCUUUGAUCAAGUCUGAUUCCAUCUUACCCUUCAUCAAGUUAUCCUAAAUUAAAUAGCAUGUCCUGUCUUCCGAUGAGAGUUUGGUCAUUACACUGCCUUACUAUGUCAAACUAUUGUCACAUUUAAAUGUGUAAUUAUGCACAACAAGACAACAGACUAACAAUUCCUCUAGCCAGAAAAACUCAUCAUCGAAUAUGGCUUCAGCUAUCACCGGAGUAAACGCACCACUCCUUCAGGAGAACAAGCCACCAGCAAAACAUACAUCGGUACCUGGUGCUGUGUUCAAUGUGUCCACUAGCAUUAUUGGUGCUGGAAUUAUGUCAAUCCCGGCAACUCUCAAGGUGCUAGGAGUAGUCCCAGCAUUUCUGUUGAUAGUGGUUAUAGCUUGGCUGGCAGAUGUCUCUGUUGAAUAUCUGAUGAGGUAUACACAUGCUGGGAAUUCAACCACUUAUGCAGGUGUCAUGAAGGAGUCGUUUGGGCGGGUGGGAUCAAUCCUGAUGCAAAUAUGUGUCAUGAUAAACAAUCUUGGUUGCUUGAUCAUUUAUUUGAUUAUUAUAGGGGAUGUUCUCUCAGGAAAUCAACCUGAAGGAUCAGUGCACUUGGGCGUUUUACAAGAAUGGUUUGGCAUUCACUGGUGGAACUCCCGUGCUUUUGCAAUCCUCUUCAUUGUUGUUUUCAUUAUGCUUCCAUUGGUUUUGUUUAGGCGUGUAGAAUCAUUGAGGUUCAGUUCAGCAAUAGCAGUUUUUCUUGCUGUACUGUUUGUUGCCAUCAGUUCAGUGAUGGCAAUUUAUGCACUCUUCCAAGGGAAAACAGAAAGCCCGAGGCUGCUGCCCCACUUGGACAACAAAGCCUCAUUUUUUGAACUCUUCACUGCUUUCCCAGUAAUAGUAACAGCUUUCACAUUUCAUUUCAAUGUUCAUCCGAUAGGUUUUGAAAUGGACAAACCUUCAGAUAUGAUGUCAGCGGUCCGAAUUUCACUAAUACUAUGUGGUGCUAUCUACUUUACAGUCGGGGUCUUUGGAUACCUACUUUUUGGCGAUUCGAUCAUGUCUGAUAUACUUGUUAAUUUUGACCGAAAUUCUGGUUCAGCACUCGGUUCUGUGCUCAAUGACGUAGUUCGCUUAAGCUAUGCCCUUCACCUCAUGCUAGUGUUUCCUCUCUUAAACUUCUCAUUGAGGGCCAACAUCGAUGAAUUCCUUUUUCCAAAUUGUCCUAUUCUGGCGAAAGACAACACCAGAUUUAUUUCCCUCACUCUUCUCCUGCUAGCCAUCUGUUACUUGGCGGCGAUAGCUAUCCCUAACAUAUGGUAUUUCUUUCAAUUCAUGGGAUCAACCUCUGCAGUCAGCCUAGCCUUCAUCUUCCCCGGUGCUAUUGCUCUUAGGGAUGUUCAUGGCAUAUCGACGGCAAGAGAUAGGAUUAUGUCUGCAUUAAUGAUUGUUUUGGCUGCUAUAGCAAGCACGAUAGCCAUUUCCACCAACAUAUACAGCUUUUUCACCUGAAACAGGUCAUGGCUUGCUUCCAGACCUUUUUUUCUAGAGGUGCUUGUAUUCUAGUGCAUCCUUCCUUUUCUCAUUUGUUUCAUCAAUUAGAAUAUAGCAGCUUAAAAUCAUGUCUCUUCAAAAUGUGUAAGCAAUAAACAUAUCUCAUGUUGAUAAAUGAAUGGAGAUAGAUUAUGAAUUCAUCUGCAAACAGAUGUUAAAGUUAUAUUUCUCUCCGUAUCAUUUAUCAUAUUAUAUGCUGGUUAAUGCUCGUAUAUAGGUCUAUCAUUGCCACAUCAAAUUUGCUAAUUUGGU